UUAUCUCCACCAGAUUCCCAUCGGAUCACUCUGGAUCUGAACACAGUGAAUAAAUACCUUUGUCUGUCUGAGAGGAACAGAGUGAUUACUGACACUGUCCCAAAGAGUCAGCAGUAUCGUGAUCCUGAUCAUCCAGACAGAUUUGAUUAUUGGCAUCAGGUGUUGUGUGGAGAGAGUGUGAGUGAUCGACGCUGUUACUGGGAGAUUGAGUGGAGUGGAUAUGCGUAUAUAUCAGUGUCAUAUAAGAGCAUCAGCAGGAAGGGAGCGGGUGAAGAGUGUGAGUUUGGAGCUAAUGAUCAGUCCUGGAGUUUGAGAUGCUCUCCUGACAGUUACUCAUUCUGGCACAAUAAGAUAGUGACUGAUCUCCCUGUAAAGCCCAUCAUCAGCAGAACAGAAGUGUAUGAUGAUGAUGAUGAUGAUGAUGAUGUGAAUCACAAUAGAACAGGAGUGUGUUAUGAGUGUUUGUUUAGAUCUAAUGAUCAGUCCUGGAGUUUGAUCUGCUCUCCUAUCAGAUACUUAUUCAGACACAAUAAGAUAGACACUGAUCUCCCUGUAAAGCCCAUCAUCAGCAGAACAGUGAAUGAGGAGUAUCACUAUAGAGUAGGAGUGUAUGUGGAUCACAGUGCAGGAACUCUGUCCUUCUACAGCGUCUCUGGAGACACAAUGAUCCUCAUCCACACAGUCCAGACCACAUUCACUCAACCGCUCUAUCCUGGGUUUAGGGUUUAUCAUACUGGAUCAUCAGUGAAACUGUGUUGAUGAAUCAGAUGUUGUAGAGUCUCUUCAUGACAUUAACACUGAAAUAUCACGACAAUAAAUGUGUGUUAAUGACUCAAAAUCACAUGAUGAAGUAAAUGUUGAACUCAGUGUUCAUGUAUAUUGUGUCAUGUGGUGUCGUUAUGAGGAGCAGGAGUGACUCUUACAGAUUUAGAUCCACUAACCCACUGAAAAAUAACAUCAACAAUCAAUUCAUCAAUUUAAUCAUUCACACACAAAUGGACAUUUUUACACGCAUCAAUAAAUACACACAUUUAAAACUGUUUAUUUGAUUCAUGUUUUAAACGUACAUUAAUAAAUCAUUUUAAAUCUCUUUUUAAAAGCAUUGGUCAAUUGCUUUUCUUUAUCCGUUUGUCAGUCGAGUUAAAAACGCCAUUGGUCAGGACACACGUGGAGCAACCAAUCAGCUUUCACCUCAGUGUGAAGAGCCAAUCCUCUGUCACUGUGAAUGUAACAUGCGCUGUCAUUGGACAGUGAGAACAGCUAUUCAUCAGAGCCGCUGUUCUGAAAUAUUCAGGGUCAGAGAUUGACGGUGACAGUGGGCGGAGCUUACAUGAAUAUUCAUGAGUUUCUGUUUUGAGUUAAAGCACCACUGAACAUGUUAGUGGAUUGUUCUUGGAUCACAGAACUGUUUUCUGUAACCUGAUUGUGUUUCUGCGUCAAAUAAAUUUAUGAUUCUUCUUUAUUAAUGACUGCUUAUGAAUGCUCAAACGUUUGUAGCUCACAUUGAGUCAUGAGUGAUAAUUUAGCAGUGAUUCCAGUCUCUGGUCUAUCGUUAGGAAAUGAGCAUCGAGUUUGUUUGUUUCAACUGUUUUGAUUUGAUUUUAGUUCGUUUGAUAAGAUAAAAUAUAAAUGUAUCUGUGGUGGCAUAAUAAAAGCUUCAGUUGUGAUUAUUGUGUCAUUCCCUAUUGCUUUCUCAGAUAGCCUGCAUAACGUUUACCGGACAUUAUUAUUAAAACACAUUGAGGGUAAUAAGGUUUAUGUUCCCUUUAUGUUUUUGACAUGCAUGAAUUAAUGUAAACCUUCUUUAUCCUUUUCUGCAAAACACACAAUGCUCUCUAUAUGAACAGAAACAUGAUGAGACAGUGAUAUUAGCUUCCCUGCAGCACUUUCACAAGGUUUUAUUUUAAUGCGCU